AUGGACUUCCUAUCCUCCGUCGGCCCUGAGAUCCUCAGAUCUAAGUCAACUGAGAAGUCUACGAUCGUGGCAUUCAAGCACACCAACGAGACCGAGAUCCUCCUCUCAGUCAACCGCCAUGGCUCCCUACGCAUGAGCUUCUUCCAGCCAAAGACAAACAAAAUCGGCGGCUUGAUCCCCUUUGGUCAGAUGCCAUCCUCGGAGGGUCCAUACACCUUUGCAAUCAAGGACCCCAAUGCUCUCCGCCUCCUCUACGAGGAGAAUGAAAAUCCCCAGCCGGGCAUCAUGACUGUCCGCAAAGCAGCAACCAAGUUGCACCUCUACCUCCUCGACACCAUCAAAGAUAUUUACAUCCUCCCCGAGCUGAUUGAUAUCGAUACCGAGCAGGCUGUCAUGGAGAAGGCAGUCCUUGAGAAGCUUUUCAACGAUUGGCGAUGCGCCAUCCGAGCUGUUCACGCCAAGCAUGAUAUUCAGUAUGUGCUUUUCGACAUCCACCUGAUGGCCCGAACCAGCGCCUGUCAUGUGGGUCACCUGGUCCAGCUUAUGAGCACUGUCUUUACUCUCAAAUCGAAAGGACGGUUCUACGCUCGGGUUGUGGUGUCGGCCCACGUCCGUCCUAGUGCAAGCUCCCAUGGGUUCACUGACCACCAUCUUGAAUAUGUGGUUGUCGAUUCUGAUUGUGUGAAGACCGGGGCCAAGGGUAUCAAGACCAAGGGUGUCGACCCCAAGGAUCUCAAGCUUGGGGUCAAGACGGAGACUGCUAUUGAGAGAGAGCAGAGCAUGAGCCUGGAGGGAUGA